AUGAAGACGCUGGAACCUCCCUUCCCGCCGCAUUAUAGUCAGUCCCUCGUCGACUCUCCCACAGAUGGGACCGACGGGAGCACUCAGACGGACCAGACCACCUCCAAACGAGAUGAGACCGGCGGGAGCACUCAGACGGACCGAACAACCUCCAAACGACGGCUGCGUAUCAAGCUAGAUCCCAUUGGCACGCUACCGACGAUUGCACGCAAGAAGGAAGCAUAUACCGCGCGGGACGAAAGACAUGGCAGCCACUCCGUAUACCUGGUCGAGGACGCCGGGAUAGACCAGUUCGUUGAGGCAGAUCUAAGCGUUAAACGGCUGAACGACAUCCAUGGCCUGCUGUGGAUGGCCGGACGGCCUCUUAAUGCCCGGAAGCUGCAACGAUACAAGAUGAUUGGCUUUGAAUUCCUACCUACCGAGCAGGCGGACCUUCACCUCAUCCACUUCUCGAACAAGAUCUAUAUCAAGACCCUGCCGGAUUACAUACUCGACUAUGACUUCUGGGAUAAAUACCUGUGCAAGAACGAAGAACUGCACAAGUCUGCCUGUGGCUUCUUGCUCUCGUGGGUAUGGCUGAUUUGCUCGCCCAUCGACCUCAAGCUGGCCCAGGACUCCCACCUGCUUUCGCCCCAAAUCACCUGGCCGUGGUGGAAGCAGUUCGUAAGGGACUUGAACGACAAACUCGACUUUAAUAUUCUCGACAAGGUCAAUAAGCGGUAUCAUUUCGGUGAACUCCGUCUCGGACGAAUCAACACUAUUUUCCGCAUUCGCUUCUUCCGCUCCCACUUUAUUCGCGGCUAUCUAUACAGCUAUAACCGCUACCAGGUCUUCUUCGAGCGGAACUUUGGCUGGCUCAUUGGAGCAUUCGUGUACAUUUCUGUCGUUCUCUCUGCCAUGCAGGUGGGCACUGCCAUUCGUCCUCUGAGCGAUAGCGUGGCCUUCCAUCGUGCCUCUUACGGCAUGGUGGUAUUCUCUAUUGUUGCAGUGGCAGCUUGUCUGGCCUUUGUGGUCGUUCUAUUUUCGUGGAUAUAUCUUUAUAAUAUGGUGACUGCUAUAUGGCAUUCCCGACGCGAGAGGCAGAAGAGGAAGAAGCUUGCCCGGGGUGGUGAAAAAGCGCGUGGGACCGAUGAGGAUUCAUAA